AUGGCCCUGUCCCAAAGGGCCCUUUCCACACUUCACGUGAAUUCUCUAAAAACAGGUUCCAGGGCAGAUUUCUACCCGACAGUCAUAGCGACAUUACGUCACGAAAGUGUGUACACAGAUGAAGUCCGGGAGGGUUCACGGUGAGAUUUGGGACAGGACCACUUCCUCUUGUGAUAACUCGAUGCUUUGUUUUGUUUUGUUUUUGUUUUUUUGUACUUUUAAAGUAUUGAAUGACGCACCCGGCGUCUGACAGCUAAUGGUCUCACUACUCAGCGAGUUAGGACGCGUUUUCGCUUUAGUUUCAACGAGAGCACAUGAAUGAAUGAAUGAAUGAAAAUUAAUAGUUCCACUCGUGUAAGAUUAUAACUGUAAUGUCAAGAUGAAGCAGUCUGUCUUGCUGUUUCUCGUAACGCUUUCUGUCUGCGCGCACUCAGCCUUUGGAGAUGCAGAAGUGACCAUCAAGGCUCCAGCAACAGUGAAUCUACAGGAACAAUCUGCAGAAAUCCUCACCAUCACCCUGAGUUCCCCGCUGAACACAUCUGUUACGGUUUAUUUCAAUAUCACAUUUAAAUCAAGAAAUGUCUCUUCAAUAAUUCUACUGCCUGAUGAGGUUGUUGUGCCGGCAGGAAACAUAUCUGUAUCUUUUGAAGUGCAGGCAAAAGGGGUUGGUCAGGUGACUGCUUGCCUUUCCAGCAAUAACACUCACAUAAAAAGAUUAGAGACGCGAAUAAGAUUCCUGAUUGUCAGAAGUAACGCUCUUUUCAUCAUCAACCAAAUUAUUGGCUGGAUUUACUUCCUGGCCUGGUCUGUGUCGUUCUACCCUCAGGUGUAUGAGAACUGGAAACGACGCAGUGUGGUAGGCCUCAGUUUUGAUUUCCUGGCCCUCAACCUGACUGGAUUCAUUGCUUACAGUGUGUUCAACGUUGGCCUGUUCUGGGUGGCGUAUAUACAGGAGGAGUUCUUAAAGAAAGAUCCGAAUGGGGUCAUUCCUGUCGAUGCCAAUGAUGUCUUCUUCAGUCUUCAUGCAGUACUUCUCACUCUCGUCUACGUCUGCCAGUGUGCCAUCUAUGAGAGAGGAGAGCAAAAGGUAUCCAGAGUGGCCAUUGGGUUAUUAGUGAUUGGCUGGACCUUUGCGUUUGUCUCUCUGUUCGUUGCUGUGGCACAGAAGAUCUCCUGGCUGGAUUAUCUCUACUAUUUCUCUUACAUUAAGCUGGGUGUCACACUUGUAAAGUACAUCCCUCAGGCUUAUAUGAACUAUGGCAGACAGAGCACAGAGGGAUGGAGCAUCGGGAAUGUGCUGCUGGACUUCACAGGGGGCAGCUUCAGCUUACUUCAGAUGUUCCUCGAGGCCUACAACAACGAUAAAUGGAAGUUUAUAUUUGGAGACCCCACAAAGUUUGGAUUGGGCGUUUUGUCCAUAUUCUUUGACGUCGUGUUCAUCAUACAGCAUUAUUGUCUGUAUAGGAACAGGCAGCCAAUGUAUCAAGAUUUAAACGAUCAGAAUGAACAACACACCGGUGUUAAAACAUGACCACAGCUAAAUAAAGUCUGGACCAUGUAUUAAAGGGAAUAACAAAUGUGCCUUACUCCAAAAUAUGUAUUUUGAACUCAAAUAAGCACUAGUUUUAUAUGAAUUAGUAUACGUAUUUAUAAUACUUUUUCAGAUUUCAGUAAAUUGUUGCUGUCUCAGGUGAAUUACCGAAGCUGUACUGUAAUAAAAAUAAAUGCAACACUUCAAAUAA